GUCCUUCUGGCGGCGGUGUUGCACAAAAAUGAAGCACCAGACGAAGAAGAAUUCCGGCGGGUUGUUUGUGUUGUUAGCUUCUGCUGCUGUAAACAUUUAGUCAUUCAACUCUUUUAUUGGUCACAGUGAGUUAAACAUGGAGUCCGUCGAGAGCCGCUUUGCCCACCUGCUGCAACCAAUCAGAGAGCUCACCAAGAACUGGGAUGUGGAUGUGGCGUCUGAGCUCAACGACUAUUUGGAAGAGCUGGAUGAGAUGUGCAUCACAUUUGAUGGCGGGAAGACAAGGCUGAACUUUGCGGAGGCCGCAUUACUCAUCCAAGGAUCAGCAUGUAUCUAUAGCAAAAAAGUGGAGCUUCUGCACAGUCUGGUUUAUCAAACUCUGGACUACAUCAAUGACAGAAAUAAGAAGAAAAAUAAACUGACAGAAUGCCAGGAGGGUGAUGGUGAUACUGCGGCGGGCAGUCAUGAAGAUGAUGAUGACAGUGCUACAUUCACCACGAUGGACUGCACCAUUUCUGAAAACAAACACAAGGUUCUAUCAGGCACGUGUGUGAAUGUCGCUCCUCUUCCUCCUGAGUCUCUGCUUCCUCCAGAAUCCUUUGAGAAGCAGAAGUUUCCUCUGAUCAGUGUGAAAGGAGACAUCCUGUGCAGCCUGAAAGACUUCAGAAUAAACCUCUUCCUCCCAGGAGAGGAAGACUUCAUCCUCCUCACCUUGAAAUCGUCCUGUUCCACACUGCUGCAGGGGUACCGACCCGCAGCUGAGUUCCAGCAACAAGAUUUUGAAUUUCGGCAGUUGGAGGAGCCUGCAGUGGGCGGAGCUGACAUUGAUGAUGCACAGGAUGCUGCAGAAGAGAACCUCGCUCCUGUAGAAGAUGUUGGAAUGGAGCAGGAACCAGAGGAGCACGUUGAAAGACAUGAGGCUCCACGGGAAGGCAGGAUGGUUCGAGAGCGGCAGCAGGUUGAACUCGACAGAGUGAGGGAGGAAGAGCCCACGCACACGGCAAGUGCUUGGACACUUCUCGACCCCUAUGCCGUAGCCGGGGAGGACAAACCACUUAAACCGGGAAAAUGCUACAAGGUCCCCGACGGUUUGGAUGAAGGUGGGAAGAGAAAACGAAAGCGGGCGUCCAAACUGCAGGACUUCAGGACCUGGUUCAGUGGGACCUUUGAUCCUCCUGAGCCCAAGUUAAAAAAUGGACCCACGUUUACAGAUCUGAACUACAUUUACUUGAGCAACAUGAAGUGCAAGAUGUCAGCUCGCCGGCGGAUCUUCAGAAGAGCGGGUGUGAUCGUUUCUGAUGAAGAGCUCAGGCAGACGUUUCUGCAGCGGGAGGAGGCGGAGCCUAUGGAGGAGUUCGGUCACCUGGAUCAGAAUGAAAAUGACAACUCUGACAAUGAACCGGAACUUUGUCCAAACAUUCCUGAGGAGUUUGGUGCAGCACCGGAUUUUAUAUCACCAGACACGCGAACUGAGGACAUGACUUAUGAAAACCUGGUGAAGCUGCGAGUGGAGCAGCUGGUGUUGAACUCACGGGGCUACACACAGGAGACGGCGCUGUCUCGCAGAGUCAAAGACUGGGAGGACCAAAUCCGCCCUGAACUCGCUCUGCAGGAGGAGCGUCCGCCGUUCGACAUCCACGAUUAUGGUGACAGGAUCGUGGCCGCGCUGAGCAGCGUUGGACGCCGCAGAACCUUUGCUGCCAUUGUCCACAGCUUGGACAACUUUGAAGCCUGCAAGUACCUGCUGGCGUCUCUGCAGCUGGCAAACGACUAUACGGUCGAGAUCGACAGCGCCAAGGGUCUGGAGGACGCUGUGGACUCGAUGGGCCUGACGCUGCUCAGUACGCACAGAGCCACCGACAGAUUCAAAACCCUUCACACCUCCUCCUGACCUCUGAGUUCACACAGCGCCACAUUUCCCCCCCAUACUGUUUAUAGUUUGAAAUUUUAAAAAAACAUUUUGGACACAUUCUCAACAUCUUGCAGGACAUAAACAUGACACUGUUUUACAUUUCAUCAUAGUUCUCUGUAAUUUAAAAAGGAUGUUUGAUCUUUUUUUUUUUCAUUUCGUCUCUUUG